AUGAAUAAAAUAAAUGGAUCAAAAAUUGAUGAAAUAAGUAUAAAGAAAAGCAAUUGUGAAGCACAACAAGGAGCGCAAAUAAACAAUAACAACCAACUGAGAAGAGAAGAGGGGAAUUAUAAGAUGAGUAAAACUUUCAACAUUUCCAGUUACAAUUUAGAUUUAAUCAAAUGUUUGCAAAAUGAUUCCGGAAUUUACUUCAUUUUAGAUCCUUCCAAAGCCAUCAACGAUAAAAAAAGUUCCGAUGUGUAUGAUAUAUUUAUCCCUGAAAAUAGUGAUGGUGUUACAUUACAUGUACAAAAAGUAAAUGAGGAGUACAAGUGCAUAGGAGUGAGCAUAACAAAAAAGGGCAUUGACAUUAACACUGGCACUCGCAUCUUUAACACCAAGAUUGCCGACUGGCUGGAACAACUUUUUCACUUUAACAAAAGCUUGUCAGCGGGUAACCAGACCAGUGGUACUCAGCCCGGUGGUAACCUUGGUGCCCAUAGCGGCAGUAACACCGACGGCCAGGGCGACCGACUCAAACGUGUGUGUAGCAACAACUCUGCCACCGCAGAGAGCAACAACGUUAACCCGUCGCCCUCCACAAUCAUAAACAAUUGCAAUAACUCUGUUGGAGGCGGUGGAAACAAACAAGGCGUCACAAGCUACAACAGCGUGAGGCAUAUGUCUCCGCCAGGCAUGCAACAAGGACCAAUCACCAACCUAGUUAAAAAUACCAAGAGCAAUUUUGAAAAUUUUGAAAAUAACGAUAACUACAAUUCCACGGUGUGCAAUAAAAAAAUCAAUAAAAUGGUAAACCAGUCCAGUUGCAAUUUAAACCAAAACAACGGUACGAACAAUGUCGUAACGCACAUUGUACCCUCCACCAACUUGUCCAGUGGUACUCAGUCGAAGGACAAUAAUGGUAACAAUAAUAAUAACAACCCUUCGACUCACCCCCAUAUGCAACAGAUGCAACACGCAAAACAAAUCAGAUUGAAUCAGAUGAAUGCUAACCACGUACACAAAUCGCAUUUGCUACCAUACCACGGUUCGAAUUAUGAGGAGAAGAGUAGUAAACUGUAUAACAACGGAGGGGCAAGUGUUAAUGGUGCAAAUGUCAGCGGGGCCAAUGUUACUGGGGCAAAUGGCAGUAGUGUAAACAACAAAAAUGUGCUUAACGGAGCAGCGGCCAAUUUAGGUGCUGGGGGUAUGGGGUCGGGCAACGCGCAGGGGUCGUCUAACCUUAGUAGUGAACUCAUUAAGAAUAACAAACUGGGAUGUACGAAUAGACAGAAAAAUGUUAACCACCACGUGCAUAGCGGCCAUCAACAGCAUAGUCAUCAGUCAAGUCAUCAACAUGGUGGUGGUGAGUCCUUGUACAACGGGCAGAAUAUACAGAAUGCGCAAAAUGCACAUCCAAACAGUAGCCACGCCUAUAAUAAUAACAAGUCGCAACAACAUUCAUACCAUGAAAACUUGGGUUAUCGACCAACCUUAUUCAAUUUGCUUGAAGUUCUUGCAAAUCAUAAUAUUACUACACCGGAUCAGCGUGUGUGUAUAAGGGGGAUAGUAACAGAUUUUUUAAACAACGAAUUGCCUCAUGGAAAAAUAUAUGCAUAUAUCGGUGCUGUUGUUGGACACGAUAUUCUACAUGAUAUCAUAAGAAAACUGGAGAAGGAUCCCAAUCGAAAUGUUGUUCCUGAUGCUUCUGGUUUAGCAAGGAUUGAGGCUGCUUUUGGAUUGAGUAAAUCUUCAUAUGAUUUUAUGAACCACAGCUCAAAUAGCACAAGUGUUAAUAAUAUACCGAACGUUUUAUUUAACCAGAGAAAUUUAAAUAGUGCUCUUCUGAAUAACCAUAUUUAUUCUAACAUUCUAUCUAAUGUUGCGAGUAGCCAGUUAGGAAGUAGUAAUAAUAAUAACGGUGUUUUAAAUGCGGGUGGGGGGGGUACAAGUGGCAAUAAUGCCAAUGCGAACCCACGUAGUGCGGAUCGAAUCAGUAUUGACACGGAAAAACUUUUAAGUAACGUUAAAACGCAGGCUGAUUUAAACAACCUGCUUAAAUAUGCCAAAGGGAAUGACAAGUACGCCUUGUCUUGUAACAAUUUGAUUAACGUGGGUAAGAAGAAAGGUGGUGUUGGUUCUCACCCGAGCAUGAAUAACAUGUUAAAUAUGCGCUCAGAUGGCGUGUUUAACAAUGGUAUGGCAUCUGUGGGGGGGAUGGGUAACAUGGGGUGGAUGAAUCAGAAAGCUGGCGGAUUGACCGCGCAAGACUAUCUCUCUAUGUCCAGAAAUUUGAAUAUGCAGUGUAAUCCUCUGAAUAGCAGAGGAAACGCUUCGGAUGAUGAAGAAGAACUUAUGAAGGUGAUUAAGAAAAACAUCGAAACGUACAAAAUGAAUAACAUUAAAAAUAUGCUUAUAUCCUCCGUCUUCGGGAGAAUCAAGUGGCUUAAAAUAAUGAACGAAUCACCACACGCCUACCUUUAUGGACAUAGCAUAGUAAAAUUCGGAAAUAAAUUAUACAUGUUUGGAGGAACAAAUAGCAAGCACAAGAAGGUGCCUUUCAAUCAUACCCUCACAUUUAGUCUCAUUUAUUAUAACUAUAAAUUAUUGCCACUUGGUGGAAACUAUCCCGAAGAGAGAGAUGGACACACCACACACUUGAUCUCCUUGAAGACUGGAUUAGCUGUGUUUCUUUUCGGAGGUAGUAAUGAGAAUACCUAUUUUAAUGAUAUUUACACACUGGAUAUGGAAACCCGCAAAUGGAGCCAGAGAAUUACCAAGGGAAAUAUUCCUCUACCUAGGGAUCAACACUGUUCACUUGUAUACCCAGCUAAGAGUGAACAUGUUCGGGGGGAAAAGACCAAUCUAACAGAGGGAGUAAUAAUUUUUGGAGGAAAAUGUCUCUACAACAAUAAUAUCGUGAACCUCAAUGAUAUGUGGAUUUUUUUAUUCCAAAUAAAUAUGUGGGUUCGCAUCAAUUACUCCAGUGAAGAAUCUCCUAUUGGAAGAUAUGGUAUGAAUUUUGUUUGGUCAGACACAAAUACGUUAUGUCUAUUUGGUGGAGAGUACUUUGAUUCGAAUAAAAACUGUCGUGAGAGGAAGUUACUGGACGAUAUGUGGACCUUCCGUCUGAAUGCUGCCACCACAUCUAGUGUUUCCAACACACCAGGGGGAGUUACCAAUACUCCCUCACAUGUCGGUGCAGGUGGUGUAGGCAGUCUCAGUUCAUUAGGCCAAGUUGGUACCGUUGGCUCCGUUGGCAAUGUUGGCAAUGUUGGCAAUGUUGGCAAUGUUGGUAAUAUUGGUAAUAUUGGCAAUGUUGGCAAUAUUGGCGGCGCGGGCGGAGUGCCCACAAGCGGAGGUGCCUGCAGAAAUUUUAUAUAUAAUACUUCCAGUUCUAUAGAAGGACCUUUCUACAACAACGUAGAUAUAAUGCACGCUGAUUCGUUCAACAAUGGGAAUGCGCAGGCAGGUGGAAGCACUGCCAUCGGUGUUGGUAGCGAUGGAAUCAACAAACAGUUUUAUCAAAACAAUUUGGGCACGAGCCAGUCUAUAGAUAAGAGUAGUACGUGUGAAAAUUUAAACGGUCUAACGAAUAAUGCCUUGGUGGAGAAUGGCAUGCCGAACACAUCCUUGAAUUUAAAUGAUGAUAAAAACUCCUCAGAUAAUGAAAAGGAUCAGGUAAAUAAUAUGCUUAAGAGAAUAAAAAUAACGGGAGAAUGGAAAAGGGAAAUAUACGAAGGGAAGAUUGGUUGUAGGUCUAACUAUAGUAGUAUCUUCAUAACGCAGAGGCAUCAGGAUUUUAAGAGCGCGGAACCAAAGACUAUAGAAAAGUUGAUGUUGUUAUGUAGUGGAAUAACCUACAUGAAUAAGGACAAUCAGUUGAAAAUCGUUUCAAGUGACGAAAUAUAUGUUUACUUUUUUUCUCAAAAGAGAUGGUAUUUACUAAAGGGGAAAUUAUAUAAUGAAGAAUUUAUAUAUAAUGCUAGACAGAGGCAUGUAGGUUGUUUUUUCGAAUCAAAGAAUGUACUUGGAAGAGCGAAUAAGAAUCCUGUUCCUUGUAUAUUCAUCCAGGGAGGAUUUAAAAAAAACUCCAUCUUUGGAGAUGCCUGGUUAUUAUCUCUAACUGGAGAUAACCCACUUAGAAUUCAUGAGUAUGAUACAUCAAGGGAGAAAAUAUCCACCACGCAGAUGCCACUGUACUAUUUUAGGGAUACACAUUCGAUUAGCUUGUUAUACAGUUUUUGUACUUUGCAGAAAUGGCUCUUUGGUGCAUUCGCCAAUUUGGUUGAUAAUUGUGUGCAUGCGUUAAACCCAGCCGAAAAUGUUUUUAUAAAAUAUGAGUUGACACCGGAGCAUGAUGGAAUGUUGUCCAUUCAGGAUGACGGAGAAGGUCUCGACUUCAACGCCAUGAAUAGAAUUCUCAGGCUUUAUGGAAAUUACCGUAAUUAUGAUAAUAACAAUUCCUAUAAUGAAAACGACAUGGGAGCAUCUGUAAAGAAGCAUAACUUUCCCAAUAGCCAUUUUACAGGCAGUAGCAGAAUUGACGAUUCCGAUGAGGAUAGCGAUCCAGAUGUUGGUGAUCAGAAUAAAUCCAACGGGGAAGUGAACUCCAAGGAGAACGCUAGAGGGGAUGGUAAUUCUGGUAGUGCUGAAAAUACCACGCGGGACGGAAUCCAACAAGAAGGCGCCUCAGGAGAGAAUAGUAACCCCACUGGGGAAGAGGUGCAGACUGUCGGAAAUAAGAAUGAAAAAUCUACCGAGGGUGUUACUCAAAGGAGGAAGAAAAAAUGCUCCUUCAAUGACCAAUACUAUCAUAAAAAUUAUGAUCAAGAAUAUUUCUACAAUGAAAAUGCAAAUAGCAUUUUUGAUAUAAAAUAUGGAGUGGGUUUUAAAAUGUCUUUUGCUCGUAUCUCACACAGUUGUGCUAUAAUGUCCAGAACAAUAAAUACCAUCGGUAUAGGAUUACUCUCCCUAGAAUUAAUGAAUCACUGUGACGCCAAGGAGCUAGCUACUCCGUUGUGCAUGUGGAAAUUACCGAAUAAAGAAUUAAUAAAUAGAAAUAUUGCCAACAAGUCGGAGCAUAGACACCAUCAGAAGCUACUCAUGUCGUAUACACCAUUCAAUAGCCCCAGUCUCCUAGCCGAGCAGAUUAAUAUCCUUGGCACUUAUAGUGGUACGAGGUUACUAUAUUGGGAUUUUAGAGAUGACAUGGAUUUUAUUGUAUUUUCCCCCGCGAAUAAUAACAUCUACCUCAGCAGCUCUCCCCUCAGUAUUGACGAAAUUAAGUGUAGCAAAAAGAAGAGGGGAAUAACAGAUGGUGCAUCCAGCGGGGUGACUAACGGGGUGGACGAUUCCAGAAAACUUCACUGCAUAGAAGACAUUAAACUGAGCAACAGGGAAGUUAAGCGAAAGGCGCAUUAUAAUCAACACGAGGAGGAAACGGAAAAAUAUAAAAGGAGCAAGGUCGAUAAUGGCACGACUACAGAUGGAGAGAAGGACGAACAGGUUUCCCAAGUCGGAGAAAAGAACAACAACACACCACUGGUUAAGGAUGAGCAAGAAUGUAGUGCAGACGAUAAGAUGAAGGAAGACAGUGACAAGAAUAAGGAUCUCGACACAGACAACAAGGAUGAUACGAUUGCCCCUAUUGGUGACAUCGGUGAAGGUACUGCGACGGAUGACAUCAAAAAAGAUGAGGUGAGCGAACAAUAUCCCAAUGUUGUUGGUAGUUCCAAUGAUGUGGAUUCCGCUCCACAAGGAGGAGCAGACAAUGAUGGAGAUGGUAACUCAGCAGGGAACCAAAAGGAUGAAGGUAAAGUAGAAGGGGCAAAAGCAGCAACCCUCCCAAAGAGCAACAAAAGUAGGUAUUAUGAAAAGGAGGAAUUUAAACACAGCAAUGAUAUUUUGAAAAAGAUGAAUCUUUUCGAAUACAACUCACAUUUGAAUCCGUCCAUAUCGAAGGAGAAGUACAACGUUAGUCCCAUAUUCCCUUUAUGGGAUCAUCCCAAAGAUAGCAUCGACUAUUGCUUGUCUACUUAUUUGUAUUGGCUAUACCUGAGGAGAAGUACUAACAUUUUUCUCCAGAACACUUUGCUGAUACCGACCUGUAUGAGGAAAGACGAGCACACUACGAACGGAGGGGUACCAGAUGCCACAGGUACAUCUUCCACGGGUGCACAUAAGGGAAAGAGGACUAAGAAGGGAAAAAAAAUAAAAAAGGGAGUCACAAAAAAUGGAAAAACUGGUGCUGAAGCAGAGAAUACGACAAAUGCGGAGGAUGGAAAUUCAACUGUAGCAGUGAAGGGCGAAGUGAAUCAGGAUGUGAGGAAAGAAGGAGGAGUUGAUAACCUACCCAGUGGAAAGGAUACCGUAGUUGCUGCUAGGAAUGACGACCCAGGAAUAGAUAAAAACGGAGAUGAGAAUACCCAUCAAGGUAACAUGAUGAACGAUUUGAACAAGGAUGGAAUGCCUAGUGAGGUCCAUGUGAAAGAGGAACCUCAGGCAGAGGUGCCAGGUAGUAGUAAUAGUAGUAUCAACAAAGCCAGUGUUGAUAAUUUAGAAGUUCCUGGAGCAACGGAAGCGAGUAGUAAUGGUGAUAUAAAUGGAUGUAAGGGAAACAGUGGAAAGGGUUCAAACGAAGGAGAUAGAUGUGGAGGUGUGGAAGCCCCCUCUGGUCAAGCUGUCGGCAAUGUGGUGGAGAGCAACGUCGAGAUUAGUGCCAAGGAAGGCGAAACGAAUGAGGAAGAUGAUAGCGAAGUGGAUGAAAACGGGUUCACAAAACUGGAGAAAAAAAAACUGGAAGAAGCGUUAGAGUAUGGAAUAUCGCAGGAAGUGAAAAAACGCAAACAUGUACAUAGAAACGACUCGGAUGAUGAGGACGAUGAUGAAGAAAACGACAACGACGAUGAAGAGGAAGACGAUGAUGACGAUGAGGAGGAGGAUGAUGAAGACGAUGAUGAUGCAACGGAGGAGAAGGAUGAAGGCAAAGAAAAUGCGAACGCAAACACGAAUGCAAACGCGAACGCAAACGCGAAUGCAAACGUGAACGCAAACGUGAACGCAAACGUGAACGCCGCGGAAAAUUCUAACACCGUGGAGAAUGCACAGCAAGGAGAAGAGGCGAACACGGCGAAUCUACCAAAGGGCACGGAAAUCAAUGUCGGAGAGGCGACUCCAAAUGGAGAAUACGUCGGUGACGCGGAAAACACAGAGAAGGCACAAGAAACAAAGGAUGCAGAACUGAAUGACUCAACGCUUGUGAAGAAUCCAGAUGCAGCGGAAAAUCAAGAACAACCACCUGCCUCCUCCAAACCGACAUCCUUAAAAGAAGGAGGAAAAAGAAUGAAGAAGACAAAGAAUAAAAGGGAAAAAAACGAAAGCGGAGUGGGAGGAAGAAGAAGAGGAAAUCUUCAUCUCAUGAAUAAUAAUGAUUCGAAGAAUGAAGAAAAUGAAAAAGCACGAAAAGAAAAUUAUGUUAACGUAUAUAUGGACACACUAAAAAUAAAAGACGAGUACUAUAUAAAUAACACCCAUAAGUAUACUCUGUACAAUUUUCUAAGAAGAAAACUUUACAGGAUGGUUGAGUUCCAUUAUUUGUUCACGCCCUCUGAUUAUGAGUAUGGAUCAUUCAUUAUGAUGGGGUUCCUAAACGACAACACAAGUAGCAGUAUAGAAGUUAAUAGAGUUUGUGAAGCGGGAAUUCUCCUUUAUUACAAGAAUAGAUUAAUCAAACGAUUGGAUGCGCCCUUUAUAGACACUGCAUAUAAUUUGUCUCUUUCGAAAUACCCUCCGAACCCAUCUUUAUACGAAGGAAAUCUAUACAAGUAUGCUCUGACCGUCAUUGUGAAUGUACCCAAUUGGCUUAAGCCUUCCAUUAGCAAACAGGAAUUUGUCCAUGAGAAUAAUUAUGCCUUCCUGCUGUUUAAAAAGAAACUGGUGAGUUUGAUUAAAUACUACCUGUGCAUCUGUGAAGACACGGCUAAGCUAACCAAGUGGAGAGAAUCCCGCGACUUUAAAUUGAAGAGGUACCUUGAAAAUAUGCAGUAUAGUAACAAACCAUCCAAAAAUUACUCCGACAAUGAAUAUGAGAAGGCCUACAAAAUAGUGCACACUGAUAAAGGUAAAAAGAGAAAUGAUCAGGAGGAGGUUGUGUCUCAUAAGGAAGGAGAAUCACAAAGGAGGGAACGCGGAACAGCACAUCUACCCAGAUGUGGUGAAAGCAGAACCCACGAGGGAAAGAGAAGGAGGGAGUUGGUUAAUGCACCACAAGUGGUAGAAGCUGAUCAUUCGGGAAAUGCGGCAGGUGCAUCCACUGGGGAUAAAGUCGAAGACAGUUGUUCCAACUUAAAGGAGGAAGAAGAAGAAAAAGAAACCGCAGAGAAGGAUAUUCCCGGUGAGGAGAAAGAAGCGGUAAAGAAUGAUAUGCCACCCGAAGAGGAAGGCGAGGAAGGCGAGGAAGGCGCUGUGGAGGACGAAGGAAUGAAUGAGCAGUAUUCACAUAAAUCGAAAGAGGAAACGAAGCAACACUCCCAAGGGGAAGAUGAUGAAGAGGAUGAUCACGACGAUGAAGAGGGCGAAGAUGAUGAAGAAUAUGUGCCGGAGGAAGACGAAGAGCAGAGACACGCCGAUGCAGAGGAGGAAGAGCACAACGAAGAGGAGGAUCAGAAUGAUAAAGUCGAAUACGCCGAAGAGGAUGAAAUGAAGGAGAGAAAGAAACAAAAAACCAGUCACGGAGAAGUUGACGAUGAUGACCAUGGUGAGGGGGAUGAUGAAGCGGACGAUGAAGUAGAUGAGGAGGAGGACGGCGAAAAGGAUGGUGAAGAAGUUGAAGUUGAAGAAGAAGAAGAGGAAGAAGAAGGACAUGUUGAAGAAGAACAGGAGGAAGAUGAGGAAGAGUACGAUCCAGAAGAGGAGGAUGAAGAGCACAAUGAAAUGGUUAAGGUUGUAGAGGACGAAGAUGAGGAAAAGGAAAACUUCAACAACUCCCACGAAGAUGGGAAUGAAAUGGAGGAGGAAAAUUACGCCGACGACUGGAGCAGUUAA